GGCUCUUGCGCAGUUACGUUGUUGAAUGAGCGUCAUGCUUGGAGAAUAUUAUAUAUCUUUACAUUCACCUGGGGUAAUGUUGAAUAUUGCACACUACUGAUAUCGUUUUAACUAAUGGCCAAGGAAGAAUGUGUCGCACAAUCGAACCGAAGCGAAGAGUCCUCAACUCUACGACAUCGGAGAGCAAACCUGAAGACUGAUACUCACAACUCCCGUACUUUGAGCCAUAAUGAGAUGUCCAAACCAAAGAUUGAUGACAGAGAUGACGAUACAGACCCUCAACAUGACUCUCAGUCAUCAAAUGGGAAGUCACGCCAAAGUUUUAACAGUGAAAUACAUCCUCCAAAUACCGCGACGCACAGCACCUUUCCCCUUCUGGUAGUGUUGCUGCUUUCUUUCUCCACGCGCCUCUAUAAAAUAACGGAACCCCCUCAUGUGUGCUGGGACGAGACUCACUUUGGAAAGAUGGGGAGCUACUACAUCAACAGAACCUUCUUCUUUGAUGUCCACCCGCCUCUUGGCAAAAUGCUGAUUGGUCUAGCUGGCUACAUGACCGGCUACGAUGGAACCUUCCCUUUCUCCAAACCAGGAGACAAAUACGAGCACCAUAACUACUGGGGGAUGAGAGGGGUCUGUGCUGCUCUGGGGGCCUGCCUGCCUGUGUUUGCCUACCUCACAGUGCUGGAGCUGUCCAGGUCGGAGGCUGCUGCAGUCAUUGCUGCCGCGAUGCUCGUCUUUGACACUGGCUGCAUCACCCUGUCCCAGUACAUCCUGCUGGACCCUAUCCUGAUGUUCUUCAUCCUGGGAGCGGUGCUGAGCAUGGUCAAGUUCAAUCAGCAGAGAUACCGGCCCUUUAGCUCCCCCUGGUGGAUGUGGCUGGUACUGACUGGUGUGAACCUGGCUGGAGCACUGGGGGUGAAGUUUGUGGGCCUGUUUGUCAUCUUGCUGGUGGGACUGGACACAGUCUGGGACCUCUGGAGACUUCUGGGAGAUCUGCAUCUGUCCUUGGUUGACGUUGGAAAGCACUUGCUGGCCAGGGUGUGUGGGCUCAUCCUGCUGCCUCUGUUUCUCUACGUCACCAUAUUCGCUGUGCACUUUGUUGUCUUGAACAAGAGUGGGUCUGGAGAUGGCUUCUUCAGCUCCGCCUUCCAGUCUCGCCUGAUUGGAAACAACCUUCACAACGCCUCAAUGCCGGAAUACCUGGCGUACGGCUCCACCAUCACAGUAAAGAACCUGCGCAUCGCUGGAGGGUACCUCCACUCCCACUGGCACCUGUACCCCGAGGGCGUGGGGGCCAAGCAGCAGCAGGUCACCGCCUACCUCCACAAAGACUAUAACAACCUGUGGCUGCUCCAGCAGCAGGAGGGGGACGCACAAUCUGGAUCCUCGGACCUGGUCCGUGAUGGUGACAUCAUCCGACUUCAGCACAAAGAGACCACCAGAAACCUGCACAGUCACCUUCAUGAAGCACCUCUCACCAAGAAGCACUUCCAGGUCACAGGAUACGGCAUAAACGGGACGGGUGACCCUAACGACCUGUGGCAGGUGGAGGUGAGCGGGGGUCGGAGGGGGGACCUGGUGAAGGUGCUUCGCAGCAAGGUGCGCUUCCUCCACAAAGCCACCGGCUGUGUCCUCUACUCCUCCGGAAAGACUCUCCCCAAGUGGGGCUGGGAGCAGGUGGAGGUGACCUGUAGCCCCUAUCUGAAGGAGACGCCAAACUCCCAGUGGAAUAUUGAAGACCACAUCAACCCCAAACUGCCCAAUAUCAGCCUGUCGGUGCUGAAACCUCACUUCCUGGAGAUUCUAGUGGAGUCCCACAUUGUCAUGAUUAGGGGCAACAGUGGGUUAAAGCCCAAAGACAACGAGAUGAACUCCAAACCCUGGCAUUGGCCCCUCAACUACCAGGGGUUGAGGUUUUCUGGAGUGAAUGAGACAGAGUAUCGAGUUUACCUUCUGGGGAACCCUGUGAUCUGGUGGCUGAACCUGUUCUGUCUGGGCCUGUAUGUUACCAUGGUGACUCUGGCCUCUCUGGCUCUCCAAAGAGGAGUCUCCUUGGACCAGAACACACAAGAGCUGUGCAGGGUGCUGAGGGAGGGUGGAGGCCUGCUGUUCCUGGGCUGGCUACUUCACUACGCCCCCUUCUACACCAUGGGCCGCAUCCUGUAUUACCACCACUACUUUCCUGCCAUGCUGUUCAGCAGCAUGCUCACAGGAGUGACUGUUGACACCCUGCUGCGUGCUGCGGAGCUGUGCCUGCCCCCUCCCUCCUCCCUCUGGCUGCUGCGGGCUGGGCAGGCCGUGCUGCUGGGUGGUGUUCUCUACAGCUUCUAUCUGUUUCACCCUCUCUCGUACGGGAUGAAAGGGCCGCUGGCACACGACCCUGCCAGCACCAUGGCAGGCUUGAAGUGGAUGGACUCCUGGGAGUUUUAGUCAGUUAACUGUAGAAGGAGUAGUGUGCGCACCAUUUUGACAAAACUUAGUUUGAUAUAAAAGUUUUAUAUCAGUGACUUUUAGGCAAGUAUUGUAUGUUCCCGACACAUCAUAUUUCUUUCUGAAUUUCAAGGUAUUUUCAUAAUGUGAACAAGACGAUUGUUUACACGUUCAAGUGUUUUACAUGUGUGUGUCUCACCAUUUAAGUGUUUUAUUCAUGUAGUUUAAAUGUUUCAGUACAUUUCAGUAUACAAAAUACUUCAGCCGCACAGCGGUGCAUUGUGCAAUAACAGAUAGCCUACACGUACUCUUUCUAAGUUAGCGUCUAAAAACUUCACUGGCACAUGUUUGUGCUAAUGAUGUCAACUGAAUUGCCUUAUCGUGUUAAGUUUGUACUGAUUUGCAAUAAUAAGUGCCUGAGGAGAGUGUAGAGAAACUGAGAACACUAAUAACAAUAAUCAAUAUGUAAUUAGUCUACUUUGGGAAAUGUCCUUUAAUUUAAUGUUUUGGCGGGAUUGAUAUGAACAUUGUUUAAUAGUACGGUGUAAGUCGUCUUUCUGUUUGUGAAGGGGACUGUUACUUCAACUAACUAAACCUCAUUUUUCUUU